UAAAUUGCUUUUACAGUUUUAUGUUAUUUUAGAUAUAAGCAAAUUAAUGGCAACUGUGGUACAAUGAACGUAUAUUUCAUAUUGUUUCUGGGAUUUUUUGCUUUUAUAGAGGUGAACUGUAAAAGCCGUAACAGUAAAAGCCUAGGCACUUGUCCUAAGUUGGACAUUAGUUCAGUAUGUGUCGUCGAUUAUAAAUUCAAUUGUUUGUUCCAAAAACAAUGUCCAACGGGAUAUCGAUGUUGUACCUAUGGUUGCAAUAGACGGUGUGCAGCAGUCACAGUCAAUAAAAAUCACUUAGGGUCUUGCCGUAAUAGUUCUGGUAAAAAGGGAAAAAGAUGUAAAAAAGACAAAAGUUGCAAAAGACAUGAAAAAUGUUGCAAUAAAAGAUGCAGAAGAGUCAGGAAAAAAAUAGCUCCAGUUCGUUAUCCUAUCAAAAAAUAGUUCGAAUAUUUUUUUGAUGUAACGAAUAACAAUAAAUAGGUAACACCAUUGUAAAUAUUACGUCUUUGUAUCAUUUCAAAUUUUGUACCAGGUAACAACUGUUGUCAUUUGUGAAAUAAAAAUGAUUCACUUA